AUGCCUCCGAAGUCCGCGAAACCCACCAGCGAUGAGCUUCUCGCCCAAUUUGACGACCUAGGGGUCGACUCGGCCACGGAACAGCCUGCCUCCAAACCAGCUACCACGGCGCAAACCGAAGACGACAUUCUUGCCGAACUGGAUAACCUAGCUUCCCAGCGUCCGAGCAGUGGGCCCGGGACCCCGCGUCUAUCGACAAAUGAGCCCAGGCCGCCCGUCAAACCUGCUGCAGCUACACCCUCAACUGGGCGUUCUAGUGAGGAGAAACCCGUGCCCCGUAAGUCCACGGAGAGUGCCCGGGUUUCGUUUGCGAUAAACGAAGAUGCGGAUGUGCAGCCACCCAAGACCGAGAAGCUAGCAGCCAAAGAGUCCGCCUCGAGCGGCGGCGGUGGUGGUGGAUGGUGGGGAGGCAUUUUCGCAACUGCGACCGCGACUGCCAGUGCUGCAAUGAAGCAGGCUGAAGCGGCAGUGAAAGAAAUUCAACAGAAUGAAGAAGCCCAGAAAUGGGCUCAGCAGGUGAAAGGGAAUGUCGGCGCUCUGAAAGACUUCGGUGGUGAGCUUCGAAACAUGGCAAUUCCUACGUUUACCAAUCUUAUCCAUACUCUUGCCCCUCCGAUCUCGUCUCAUGAACGCCUUCAAAUCCACAUCACUCACGAUAUCUCGGGGUACCCCGCCAUUGAUCCGCUUGUUUACGCUGUCUUCGCUCGCGUGAUGUCCCAGGUCGAAGGUGGAGAUCUUCUUGUGAUCCAGCGUGGCCAAGAAUCUGCGCCAAAACGGGGGUUGGAUAUAACGGGUAGCCAGUCUACCCCCGGCUGGCGUGAUGGCCCGUGGUGGCGCACAGUUAUGCCUGGAACCCCUCGCAGCAUCUCGGCCGUGCGUGGCUCUGUAGAAGCUAGCAAGCUCGCUCGUGCAAGCGCAGAGUCUUACGCUACCGAGUUCUUCUCUGCCAAGGGUGGAGUUGAAGAAGCUGCAAAACAAGCUAGCCAGGUUCUGAGCGAAUCCAACCCUGUCCGGAGUAGUGAUAUCUUCCUCGCCAUCCAGGCCAUUAGCCAACCUUCCUCCUCCGAACAGUUCCAAGCUGGUCCAACCACUGACAAGGCGACCCCACCAGGCGUAGUUGAUGUCCCCAGCGCUACGGAAGAGGAGGUGACCUUCGCUCUCUAUCUCCAUGAUCCCAUUCACGGCAUCGCCCUCCACACCAUUUCCCAGGCAGUUCCACAGAAGUGGAUCGACUGGCUCGAUGCAGCUGUUCCAGCCACCGAAGACCCUGCCGCCGAUGACAUGUGGCACCGAGCUCCCGUUCCGGAAGAUAUUGCUGAGAUCAUCGAAAGUGGCGGCGUUGACCCUCGUGAAUGGGCCGCUGAAUGGAUCGAAGAAGCGCUCACUUUAGCUAUCGGCAUCGUGGCGCAACGCUAUGUCGCCCGGAGAAUGGGGGUUGGAGAGGCGGGAGCCGCAAAGGGCAAGAUGCGUGCUGAGCAGGCUUCAGUCGUGGAAAGCGGUGCAGGAGAGGUGGCGCGGGCGCUCUAG